CUCUCUCUCUCUCUCUCUCUCUCUCUCUCUUCAAACUUGUUCAAUAAAAAUAAUGGCUAAUUCUUCUGAUGAUUUGCACCAAACUCUCCCAUCACCUUUGGUUCCUCCUGAUUCCCAAGAUUUCUCCAAUUUAUUCAACCAACUCAUGGAUCCUUCUUCUUCUUCUCCCUCUUUCAAUUUCUCUCAUCCUUUUCCCAACUCUUCCACAACCAUCCCUUACCCUCCUAAUCAUUUCACUUCUUCAUCAUCACCUCAGAAUGAUGAAGCUUCAGAGUUGCCAUCAUCAAAAGCUACCCUACCAUCACGUUCUUCUUCAAAGAGAAGCAGAGCUGCAGAGUUUCAUAAUUUGUCUGAAAAGAGAAGGAGGAGUAAGAUUAAUGAGAAAUUGAAAGCUUUGCAGAAUUUAAUUCCAAAUUCUAACAAGACAGACAAAGCUUCAAUGCUUGAUGAGGCUAUAGAAUAUUUAAAGCAGCUUCAACUUCAAGUGCAAAUGUUAAUGAUAAGAAACGGUUAUAGUUUGCAUCCAGUGUCUUUACCAGGAGGAUCGCGACCAACGACGUUUCCACAAACUGAUUUGUUGAAUCUUGAUGAUAGUAAUAUUGGAUUUCACAAUUCUAUCAAUGCAAUCGCCUCUUCUGCAAACGAUGAAUGUUUUGCGCGGCCUAGUUUUAGUUUUCCAGAACAACGCGACAUAUCAAAUCAAACUGUCGCGGCAAAUAUUACUAAUUUCGAUGCCUCAUCAAGUUUUCAACCCUCGAUUAAGGGUGUUUUCUGCAACAACAUGCCACAGCUGAUUUUGGAUUCAACAAGGACUGGAAAAACUCCUGAUAUGUCUUAAACAGAUGAUCAAUUCACCGAAAGAUAGAGAAUUUUUUCGACUAUAUAUUAUUUCGCAAAAGGGCGGUAGCUUUUGUUCAAACUUCAUGAUCUACUCUUGAACUCGAAUUUGAUACUACCUUAUUAUACAAUUGGUAACGGUUCGAUGGAAUCGAAGUGCCGUAGCAACUGCACUAAAAUGAAAUGUAACAAUCUUUCUAAACUUUUAUAAUUUCAUCAAUUACAAAGUUAAGAUAAUGAACAUUCUGCAUCA